AUGGUCGCUCGGCCAGCGACUUACCAGGAUCUCUUGAAGGAGAUCAGAUUCCGCUUCCCAAAUGUUGCGGCUGUAGACAGCCUCGUGGUACUUUUCCAGCCUACGCCCAAUGACGGCCCGCUCGAGAAUUGGGUGCAGGUGGCACCAAGCGCGUACGGCCAUGUCCACGACAGCGCUGAGCUGUUCAUCAACGUAGCUCAUCCCCUUACCAAGGAAUACAUCCUGCCCUUGCCUGGUCGAUCGGUGCCUAACCCCCAACUCAACAAACGUGUCCGACGAACAGAUGGCCACGGAAAGCAUGUUGGGGUCGAGCCUGGCAACCGAAACUUCGCGACGGAAAACGUCCAGGUGAGCAAGACAAGACACAGAGAGGUCUCCAGUGGGCCUAGAGGGGCUUCACAAGCCUUCGAUAAUUUCUCGAUGAGCCUUGAGCUGGAGCGUCCUAGUGGUGAUGCGUUCGCAAGCGGGUGGGGCGGCGCGUCCGAACGUUUUCGACGCUCAACAAAGCUUGUGCCCGACCUCAUGGACUGCAAGGAGGCAGUCGGGCAGAGUGUCGGACAGUCAAACUUUUAUCCAGCGGACGAGGAGGAAGGGAUUGCUAACAUCAAGCUGGGCGUGUACCAGGGGCGAUACCGGGAGCAGUAUCGGGGACAGUACCAGGGCCAGCCACCUACGGACGCGGGCUGGUACACCGAUGGCGAGCACACCCAGAUGGACCUGGAUCGAGGCCAAGUCGAGGCCCAGCAUCUCGCUGGUGGCCUCACAGAAGACCAGCUUGAGGGUGAGCAAGGUCCACAAUUCUAUUCCGACGGUGGCAACCGUAAUUGGUUUGCUGCUUCCUCCUCCCCUCAGAAUAAUCCUGGAGCCUUGCCGGCAAGCCAUAGAGGUUCUGAGAUGCCCACAAGUCCAGAGUGGGGACACCACACCACAGCAGGAUGGCGAUGGGAAGGUUACAGGACUCCCUCUCCUGGACAAUGGGACCCUUACCAAGGAGGAUACAAUUUUCCGGACCAUGUCUUGACCAAUGGUGACGGCCAGCACUACGGGGCCAGAGAGUGGAGUCCCCGGCACCACCAGUCUGAUACCCAAUACUGGCGUCAGGAUCUUCAUGAAGAACCUGCUUCCAAGGCAAAUGCUGGGCCGCAUCCCCGUCGUGACCCUACCGAGGUUACCUAUGGCUCCCCGAGACCAAGGAUCCAAGGAAGCAACUCCGGAUGGACCACUAUAGGCCGAAAGAAGAAUACCUGGACUGACAUACCCUUACAGGAGGAGAGCGAUCCAGAGCGGGCGCAGCCCAAUGACAACGGCAACAACCAUGCAUGGGAUGCACAGGCACCACAACAGAACUUCUUCCAAGGGAUGACCAGUCUCGGGAGAGGCCCAGGCCAUAGGUACGGUGGGGACGAUACUAACGGAUCCCAACAGGAGCAGAGACCCGGACGAGAGAUAAGCUGGGGCUCGGACUUCUGGGGUGGACCGCCGCUCAACAGAAACCAGAGGGGCGCCUUCACGCACGAUGACACGCCGGCAUCUAAGCACUGGCGGUGA